AUGGGGAAGAGGAAGGCGGCCGCUAAGCCACCCCCUAGGAAGAGGAUGGACAAGCUCGAUACUGUCUUCUCCUGCCCAUUCUGCAACCAUGGGAGCAGCGUUGAGUGCCGGAUUGAUUUGAAGAAUCUGAUUGGUGAGGCUAACUGUCAAAUCUGCCAGGAAAGCUUCAGCACCACUGCAAAUGGUAUGUAUGAAUUAGACACACAACCGCAGGUUGUACCAUCUAAUGUAGACGUAGAUGCCAUACUGAAUGACUUUCAGCUCGGAAAUUUUUUCCACACCAGACAUCUCAUUGGUUUUGUUCCAUCUCAACCAAAUGAUUGA